ACCCACAUGUUGGUUGUUGGGCGUGUCGCAAGGCGUGGUCAGAAAAACAUGAAGUCCAUCGACAAGUUUGUUCGUGAUCAAAGAGCAAAGAAAGCUCUGUACCUCAUCAAGAAAUACAAUCUCCCGUUGAUCAGAGCGAUAGCCUCGCGUAUGAACCACACCAUGUCCGUCGCCAUUGAUCUUUUAGACAUUAACGUCAUUCCCGAGAGGGUUUACAGUGAAUUCUCAAAGACGGUCAAUCAGUGUGACCCAUUGGUGGACAUGAUUUUCGCUUCUUCCCUCAUGUCUCGUGUACGAGUAGCUCUUCAGAGGGACCCAGAGUCUUUUCCUAUCAUUAUGAACUCUUUUAGGAAGCACUCGCCUUUGAACGAGGUUGUAGUUCGAAUGGAAAAAGAAUAUUAUGGUGAGAAUUACUAUGCCACUCCCAUAUAUGUAAUACUGUCAGUUGCUGGUAGUGUCUUAGUUGGACUAUUAGCUAUUAUACUGGCUUAUAUUUUAUGGCCCUCAUCAUCAGCUGUUCAAUGUACUGAUGUUUUUCACAAUCAGACACUAAUACAGAAACUAGCUUCAGUGGACAUUGCUAAUUUGACGUCGUGUUGGUCGCAGUAUGAUGAAGGGAUCAAGCUGUUAGAGAACUAUAAAAUUUGGUGCAAUCAAACCCAAUUACAAACUGAUGAGUCACCUAUUACUAAUGAAACAAGACUUUAUCUACAAGACUGGUGUAAGAUUGUGGAUAGCAUAUCAUUGGAACUGAGUUCUGUCUCUACUGAGAAUGGGAAUGAGUCUACAGAAGACCUCACCAAUGUUUGGUGCAGGGACGAUAUUAUCACUUUGCUUGAGUGUUUAAAGAGUAUGUCUACUACAUCAUAAUGAUUUUUUAUUAUUAUAAAAAAAUAAAAUGAAUA